AUGGAGCAAUGCUACGUUCACAUCGCUUCUGUGGUGGCCGUAGCAAAGAACAAGUGGGAACGUGGCAAGGCAAAGAAAGAGGCGGAGGAAGAAAGACGAGCUAAGGCGGAGAAAAAGGCAGUGGAUGAAGAAAGAAAGGCUAAGGUUGAAAAGGAGGCAAAGGAAAAAAGACCGGCUAGGGUUGACAGGGAGGUAGCGGAGGAAGAAAGACAGGCUAAGGCCAAGGAGGAGGCAACAGAGAAAGAAAGACGGCUAAGGCCGAGGAGGAGGCAGCGGAGGAAGAAAGACAGGCUAAGGCUGAGGAGGAGUGUCUUGACUGCUAAAAUCACUUCUUCAGGCAAAACAGCACUUCACGUGGCUGCAUUGUUUGGUCAUAGGUUUAUAGAUGAGGAGCUAGAGGGAUUAGUGCCUUCAGAAUUCCUAGAAACUACUGAUGACUUUGGCAACACGCCUCUUUUAAUUGCUACAAUCACGGGAAUCACUCAAGUUGCAGAAUGCCUGGUGAAUAAGAACACCAACAUACUCGGCAUUGCAAACUCAACUGAUGAACUUCCUCUCACUCUGGCUUUUCUGAAUGGUCAUCAACAUAUGGGACGUUAUCUUUAUUCUAAAACUCCAUUGAGUUACCUCCACCCAGAGAAUGCUCCUCUGCAGGGUGCUAUGCUACUUCAUUGCUGUUUCCAAACACAAUGUUACGAUAUUGCUUUGGACUUGCUUAAUCGAUGCCAAGAUUUGCUUUUUGCAUCGGAUAAAGAGGGUUGGAAACCAAUUUAUGGUAUAGCAACCAUGAACUCUGCAAUUCCCAGGGAAAAAAAACACUUGUAUUGCAUAUCAAAACCAGUAAUUAAGAAAAUACAGGAGCUGAAGUUGCUGCGUGCACAAGCAGAUGAAAUUCUUGGCCUAGUUUGUAGGAAUGCAAGCAGGAUCGACCAAGUGAGUGUUUAUGCAGAUGCUCUAUUUCUUGCAGCUACAGAAGGGAAUGUUGAGUUUGUGCUUCAGAUAUCAAAAGUGAACCCAGAUUUUCUGCUAAUUGGGGACAGCUCAUAUCAAAACGUUUUCUGCUAUGCUGUUCGUAAUCGACAAGCUAGAGUCUUCAACCUUAUUCAUGGUGUUCGUUUCAAGGAUCUUGUUGCUACAAGUAAAGAUGUUGAUGGAAAUACAAUGCUGCAUGUGGCAGCUACUCAAGCUCCAGCUCCCUUUUUUAAUCGCAUCUAUGGACCGACAUUACAAAUGCAAAGAGAAUUGCAGUGGUUUAAGGAGGUGGAGAGUUUGACACCUCCUACUAUUAGGGGAGCUAGAAACAAGGAUGGCAUGUCAGCUGAAGAAUGA